AUGUCUCCACCGCAGUAUCCUUCGUGCCCGGUGCUGAACCCUGAACUUCAGCGGAUCCGUAACAAGCACACAAUACUGGCAUCGACAGGCUGCACAAGGGAUUUUUGCCAAUCAGGUCGAAUGACCCACACAGAUGAGCCAAGAGUGGGCGAAAACCGUUCGCUUCAGGUAGUCGAGCAAGAAGCAGUAGAUUUCCUACGAGUCCUCCGUGGGGAAGGUUUCUAUGACAGCGAAGACGCAUUCCAGAGUCGCUGGGACCAGGUGCAGGGAGAGAUCAAAGCUGGUUCAGUCAAAGGUGUCGUACAAGAAGAUCAUUCGUGCGCCAACCUUGGUGGAACUUGGACACAGACGCACCAAGAGCUCGAAUUUGGUAUUCGUCGAGCUUGGAGAAAUGCAAGGAAGUGCAUCAUGCGAUCCCAUUGCGAGGAGCUUAAGCUUUGCGACCUGCGAAGGGUCACCUCGAGUGCAGAAAUGGUUACCGAGUUGGUCAAAGGAGUUUCCGAUGCCUUCAAUGGAGGCAAUGUCCAGCCCACAGUGUUCGUAUUUCCACCACGCAACGUCAACGCUAGAGGACCAAUGAUCUGGAACCAUCAAGUCCUCCAAUUCGCUGGAUACGACCCCAAGGACGGUACAGUCUUGGGGGACCCAGCGAGUGUUGAAAUAACAAAUGCAAUGAUCGAUCUCGGGUGGCAGCCUCCUGAGCCACGGGGCCGGUGGGAUCUUUUACCGCUUGUUGCAAUGGCAGAGGGCGACAGUCCAGCCAUGAUCGAGCUUCCUACAUAUCUUCGAAAAUUGGUCAGUAUUCGACAUCCUAAGUACACUACCGAGUUUGAAAGGCUGGACCUGAAAUGGGUUGCUUUUCCAGCACUAACGAGACUGGGUUUUGAUAUUGGCGGAGUUCAGUACACUGCAGCACCUUUCAUUGGCUGGUUCAUGGAUGCCGAAAUAGGGGUUCGUGACUUGGCCGAUUCGUUCCGUUACAAUGUCCUCCCGGAUAUCAUCGAUGCCCUUGGGCUUACUCGCGAUAAGCUGCAUGGCGAUUUCGAGGUCUUCGAGGACCUUCCAGAGUAUGAAAAGCUUUCAAUGCUGUCACGAGCCCAAGCGGAGUUGAACUACGCAGUUCAUUGGUCUUUCGUUCAAGCAAAAGUCAACAUCACUGAUACUCUCACUGCCUCAAUGAAGUGGUGUCGAUACGAUGAUGACUUCAGAGAGAGAAAUGGGUACAGACUACCGGCGGAUCCUUACUGGCUGGCCCCACCACAAGGUUCCAUCAUUCCUCUUUGGCAUCGGGGCGGCGCUCCCAAUUACCAGCCGAAGCCUAUGAUUUGCAAACACGGGCAAGACCCGAUCAAGGUCUGGAGAAGGGAGAAGCAGAAAGGUCCUGCUGGCGCCCAGAUAUUGAAACCCAUGGCCGUCGUUAAAGAACCGACGGCAAUUGCGGCAGAAAAGAGGACAGACACAGGGACCAUGAAUCAGCAAACCGAGAGUUUUCUUAGACAGAAUAGGCUGCAACUGUGCCAUCGUACCCAGAAGGAAGUAAACGAGUCUAAGAACGAGAUAGAAACAGGGCCCACGACUGAGCAUAGCGAGAGUCUUCUUCUCCGAAAUAACCUGCAGCUGUUACGACGGACCCAUGAAGUACAGUCACCGACAAAUAGCAAUCGGUUUAUUUCAGUUUUCUUCUGCAGUGCUGGAAUAAUCGCAGAAAGGCUUGCCAACAAGCUUCACCAAUGGUUGAACAUUCUCAUCAAAGAUUCCUCCGGUCUACAUUUAUGCUCUCGUUCCGAGCCCUUGAAUAGCUUGCAGGCCUCUGAUCUCACCGCGGGAAACAUCCUCUUGUUAGUCGUCAGUAGCUCUGGCCAAGGCGAGAUUCCGUCGAAUGGACUUAGUCUUUCCAAACUCUGCGAAAAUAUGUUAUCGUGGCGACUCAUGGAUCGCGUUCAGGGUUUCAAAUUCGCUGUUUUUGGUAAUGGUGACAGUCGUUACUCUACUACCUACAACGGGGCGGCAAUAAAGGUCAACGACCAUUUGAUGCAAGUUGGAGGUUAUCCAUUGGCUGCUGGUGUGUUCCAGGCGGAUAUGGCCGUGGACCCGCUCCCAUUUUCCGCUUUGAAAUUCUGGUUGAACAAGCUACAGCCCAGCAUUGUUGAUCAAAGCAUCGAAAGCCUUUCAACAGCCGUAAUAAGAUCGCCAACCGAUUACAAGCAAGCCGCCGUAUUCGUGAGGGUGACCCCAAUGGUAGAGCUCGGUCGAAAGUACGAGGAUUACCAGGACCGACUGCUUUCGACACUUGGCUCGCUUUCGCUCGUUGGCGCAAGACCAGGGACGCACGAAGGAUCGAUGCUUGUGACAUUUAACUUCGACAACCACCAUUUUGAAGAGAUGAGCUGUAUACAGAUCCUUCCAUCAAAUACACCAUCAAAGGUCAACCAAGCGCUUCGGUCGCUGUGCGUCAAAAGUUCUGACCAUGUGGAUUUGGGCUUGGAUUGGAAAAACCCGACCUAUCUAUCGUUUCUGACGGAGUACGUCGACCUUGAACUCCCAUUCUCGGAUGUCGAAUGUCUUGAGGGAGUAGAAUUAGCAUCUCAGAGAGGCCUGCCCAGAGCACUCUUGAGCAGACUAUCGGUCCACCAGGUCCUGGAGCGCCUCCAGAGCAGCAUAGUCCACAUGAGUGAUGGUCAGAAAUGCGAAUUGUGUCAAAACAUGCCACUGCUACAUACUAGGACCUACUCUAUCGCUUCGUCUCGACACUACUCUUCGAGCUACAAUCGAGUGAGUAUAUCCACUGGACGCGGGGUCGAUAUCAUGGUCAAAGUCCUUUCUGGGGGGCGUUUCAGUGACACCUUCAUGAAAGACUCCGCUAUACCAGCGUCGCUCAGGUACCGCAUUGUCGACUCUCCAUCGGGCAGCAUACUACGCAAGAAUCAUCUGAGACCCUUCAUCGUCGUCGCAACUGGUGCUGGCUUUGGCCCUGUACGCUGUCUCCUACAAUGGCGCAUGGGCAUAAUCCGCAACGCUCUCGCGACGGGGCGCCCUCUCCCAAGCCAAGGAUCAGGGAUUUCCUUGUUCCUUGGUUUCAAGCAGUCAGACCUGAAGUUAAUGGUCGAUGUUUUGAACGAAGCUAUGUCGCUCAACCUCAUCGACAUGCUGGACAUUGUACUUAGCAACCCGAUGAAACUUCGUGUAUAUGAUGUUCUCCGACGCUCUCCGCAGUACUUGAGGAAUAAGUUGCUCAAGCAAGAGGGCAUGGCCUUUGUUUGCACGAAUAAGAUUGCCGCCGAGGAGGUUAAAAGCACGUUUGAGAAAAUUCUCGGCGGGCGUGUGGGGGAGAUGCUGGGGGAGCGGUAUGUAGAGGAGGCGUUUUAG